UGGUACCAAAGGUAAUUUUAAUUUUGAUAUCAUGUAGACAAGUUGUUUGCCAAUGGUGACUUAAAUAGCGCGUGAAAGAAUAUCAGCAACAUGUGGCACUGUUACUGCAGUACAGGAAGAUACCAGGUUUCUUACAUACUAUGGUCUAAGGAUCAAAUUACUGAUAGUGAUAAAUAAUACUUUCAAUUUGCACCCACAGAUCUGAUUAAUUUGAUAAAAUGCCUCUGCCCGCUGCUUUGGCAGCAAGGUUAGCAAAACGAGGAAUUGUUUCAAGUGAAACGCAAGAUUCUUCGAACCCCGAUGAAGAAGUAAUAGCAGAGGAUUACGACAUCCCAGGACAAGAAGCUCAUGUUGAUGAGUUUGGGAAACAUCUUCCUCCAAUGUGGGAGAAAGUGUGGGAGCCAUCACAUGAAACCUGGUAUUACUGGGAUACUGUGAAUGAUAAAGUGAGCUGGCUACCACCAACUGAUCCCGAUGCAAAGAUAACAAACCCAGCUCCUAAGAAAUCACCCUUUGCUCCUGCUCCUUUGGGGGAAAGAGCAAAUCAUUUUUCUGAACCAGUGGAUUACAGAAAAGAAGAGAAAAAGUCAAAACAUAAAAGUGCAGCAAAACGCAAAGCUCCAAGACCUCCCGAAGAAUUUGAUCCGAUGGAUCCAAGUUCAUAUUCUGAUGCACCAAGAGGAAAGUGGUCUGUUGGUUUAAAAAAAGUUGAUGAUGCUAAAUCCGGGGUUGACUCGACAGCGAAUGGUCCUCUGUUUCAACAACGACCUUACCCAUCACCUGGUGAAGUUCUUAGUCGAAAUAAACAAGCGCGACGUGAAGUUGGACCUUUAAAGCCAAGAUGAUAAAAAUAAAACUUAUCGAUACAACUGAAAUAUAAUUUUUAAGGAAGGUGUUUUGUCACAAAAUACAGAAGAAAGUUAGUCGGGAAAAACUCACUUGUUAAAAUUGAGAAAUGUUUUAGCCUACCUUUUAGUAUUGUUACAGCUAUGUUGUCAAAUUCUGUUAUUUUUUCUAAAACCCUCAUCUUUUUGUAAUGUAACAUUGGUUUUUGUGCUCCUGCUACAUGAAUUUUAUAAGAAUGCAUUAUUGCGCGAGCAUUCAAUAAUUGCGAGUGUUGUUAAUACAAUGUACAACCCAUGAAA